GGAGACGGUGACGAUCGGAAUGACAGGAAACGCGUGAAAUCAUGCUGUCAGUCGCUCUCUUCUCCGCUCCACCCCCAACUCCCUCCGUCUUUCGCGACAAGACACACCAGCGACGGCACAGCAAGAGAACGGCAAUAUAUAGCAAUGUUGACCGCCCCACAACCACUCACGCUAGCUCACAGUCGGCACACCAACGGCUGUCACCCUCCAUACACCCUUCGUCAACUCCUCGGCACAAUCUACGGCCUUCUCUCUCCCCUCUGCUUCUUCGCCCUCUACACCCGUGCUCUCUCACCUAUUGGCCUUCGCAUUUUUCUUGCAGUAUGGACCGCUUUGUGGGCCGCCGUGAUGAUAGCCUGUGGGAUAGCCCUGAUGGCUAUCGAUCCCGCAGAUGAGAGCGUUCGACGGAACCGGGGAGGUAGGGCCAGCGGAGGCCGGCGGGAAUGGAGUCGGUGGUGGAGAUGGGGUCGAAAGAGGGAUGGCAGGGUGGGAACGGAGGUGGAGGCGGCGUCGCCGGGGAUACGAGACAAGAUUGUGGAUGUCGGACAUGUCGACAAUGUAGAGGAGGGGGGAGUUGCACGACCUUACUGUCAGCUGUGUCGAGUGUUUGUAUCCCACGCAUCUCUGCAUUGCAAGUACUGUGACAAAUGCGUAGAGCGGCUGGACCACCACUGCUUCUUCGUCAACUCGUGCAUCGGACAGCGCAAUUACAGACUCUUCAUCAUCACCCUCAUAGCAGCGUUUAUCUACAGCCUGACAACGCUGUGCGUCUCGCUGGCCGUUUUCUUCGCUCGCUACUCGUCCAUCGACGGAUACCUUGUGGACAUGUCUGACAGAUCAGGAAUCUCCAUGACGGGAAUCCAAGUCAUAGCGAUGGUGCACACCAUCCUUGCCGCCAUUUUCGUCCUCUUUAUCGGCGACCUGCUUCGAUUGCAUAUGAUCUUGGCCCAAAACAAAAUGACAACCCUGGAAUACUCCCGCUACCUCCGCGACCUUGACAACCUGGACUCUGCAACCUCCCCAACGCUCUCUUCACCCACAUCGCCCACAUCGCCCACAUCGCCAACCUCACCAUCUCACCACGGACACCAUCAAAUCGCAACGACCGUGGCAGGCGUGGAGGUCGAUAUUGUUGAUGAGAGUUCACGGUCGCCGGGGAGUUAUCGGGGAAGCGGUGAUAUGGGUGUCAGAGCUGGAAGUGAGCAUGUGAAUGUGAAUGUGCAUGCAAGGGGAGGAGGAUCCGGUGAUGCGGGGGACGGGCGGUCGCAUGGCGCGUAUGUGGUGAACAUGGAGGAAGUGGGGACGCCGGUUGCGCCGAUGGGGAAGAGGAUUGAGUGAUUGCCUUACAAGGUCUGGGAGGGGACUGGGAGUUGCGUCGAUAGGCUGUACAGAGGGAUGGAAUGCUUUUUUCUGUUUCCAUAUCGUUUUCAAUUGGGA